CUAGGGAGGAAACACAGAAGGCUGCAGGGGUAAAAAGAAGGAAGGCAAAUUAAACAUUGUUGUUAAAGAUGGUUUUGAUUGAUAGGAGUUGGGAUGAUGUUCGUAGACAUGUAGAUCAAGGUUUUGACAAGCUUCGCGCGCAGACAGUUACUGUCAAAACAAAUUCUGGGGUUGGAGAAGGAUCCAGCAAGUUCCAGAGAUCGUUGUCGAUGCCGGUCAGCCCUGUAGGUCCGAUGACCCCAACCACUCCGUCGCCCACGGGGGCGCGUAAAGAUAACGUGUGGAGGAGUGUUUUCAACCCCGGCAGCAACCUCGCCACCAAGAACAUCGGCGCCCAGGUUUUCGACAAGCCUAAGAAUACCAACUCUCCUACUGUUUAUGACUGGCUAUACAGUGGUGAAACAAGAUCCAAGCACCGUUAAACAUCGGAGGGGUUGAUUUCGUGCCAUUCGCCGACAAGAAGCGUGUAAAUAGGGUGUCUUACGUGUUUGGGUCCGUCGUCAGUUGCUUUGUCGGCGUAAUUAUCUUUAAUUAAGAAUAUUAGUUAGUUACGGCUAUGCAUGCUUCCUGUUUAAUUUUGGUUUUUGUUUUUGGUAUGGGUUUGUUGUAAUUAAGGUUUUGUCGUCAUGACCUAACUCCUCCGGUGAUGCACAAUCAGUUUAUGAAUCUGUGUGCGCCGAAUCAGUCGGAGAUUCCGAGCCACUGCUCUCUAAUAAAUUAGAAUACUAGGGGUGAUAAUAAUAAUAAUAAUAAUGAUUAUGAAUAAUAA